UGCGGCUCAAUCUGGGCGUUUUGGCACGCACCACCAGCCCGCGACGUACACAACACAAUGCAAGCCGCAGCCUCCUUUUGCCAACCCACGUUUCCCAAAGCACAGGCUAUCAGCUUGCGAAUCCCGACUCAUAAUCCACCAUGUCUAGACCCUCCGAAAAAAUAGGGGCCCUAAUCCGACUUUUUUUGGCACCAUGCUCAAGGUUCUACGCAUGUGCCCACAAAAAGGAUUGAGCUGCUGCUUUAUAAAUACUUGAACACCACGUCCUCUGCCUUCUCUCAUCCACGUAUUCCUGUAUUCCCAUUCCAAUCUUACAUUCUUCACCAUGCCUCCCCAAGUACCCAGGAACUUGCUGCGCGCUGCCCGCGCUCGCGCCGUUUUCCAAUCCACCAGACCCUCCCGCCCUGCUGCCGUCAGGUUCCAGAGCUCCGAGGCCGUCCGCCGGACACAGGAGAGCAACAACGUCUACAACGCCCCUCCCAGAGCAUUCUCCCAACGUAAGGAGGAGAAGUUCACCGCUGGAACCGCUUCCACAUCGCAGCGCCAGACAUCAGCAGCUCCCCUAAAGCUCAACAGCAAGAAUCUCUCGCAACUCCAGAAUGUCACCGUCCCCACCUACCAGCGUGAGGGUGUCAAGCAAGGCAUCGUCCACGUCGGUGUUGGUGGUUUCCACAGGGCCCAUCUCGCAGCCUACGUUGACACUCUUCUCGAGCAAUUCAACGUCCAGGACUGGUCUAUCUGCGGUGUUGACCUUCAGCCAUUUGCUGCUCCCAUGCGCGAUGCUUUGAAGCCCCAAGAUAACCUCUACACCAUCAUUGAGCGUGCUGCUGAGGGCACCACCGCCCGUGUUUGCGGAAGUAUCACCGACUACCUUUUUGCUCCUGAUAGCAGCGAGGCCGUCAUCGCUAAGAUGGCUCACCCCGACACUCACAUUGUUUCAAUGACUGUCACCGAGAGCGGUUACUACAUGAACGAGAACACCCACCAGCUCCAGACCGACCACCCUGAUGUCGCCGCCGAUCUGGCCGGUGAGCAGCCGCCACGAACCGUCUUCGGCUACCUCUAUGCCGCUAUGGAAAGGCGUCAUGCCGCCGGUCUACGACCUUUCACUGUUCUGUCUUGCGAUAACAUGCAGAAGAACGGUGACAUUAGCCGGAACAUGUUGGUUUCAUUCGCUCGUCACCAGAACCCCGAGAUUGCCGACUGGAUUGCCAACAACGGUGCUUUCCCCAACUCCAUGGUUGACCGCAUCACCCCCCGUACCAACGACGAGGACAAGGUCAGCCUCGCCGAGAACUUUGGUGUUGAGGACGCAUGGCCCGUUGUCACUGAGCCCUUCCACCAGUGGGUUCUCGAGGACAAGUUUGUUGACGGCCGCCCUCCCUUCGAGAAGGCCGGUGUCCAGAUCGUCCCCGACGUGCACAAGGUUGAGGAGUACGAGAUGAUCAAGCUACGUCUCCUUAACGGCAGCCACUCAGCUAUGGGAUACGCUGGCCAGCUCGCAGGGUUCACUUACAUCCAUGAAGUUAUCGGACACCCUGUCUACCGCCAAUUCGUCAUCAACAUGAUGCACCAAGAAGUCAAGCCCCUUCUCCCCCAGAUUCCCGGUGUCAGCGUCGACGACUACUGCAACACCCUCCUGGGCCGAUUCUCCAACCCUACACUCAAGGACGAGCUUCCCCGUAUCUGCCUCGGUGGCAGUGGCAAGAUUCCUCAGUUCAUCAUGCCUAGCAUCGCUGAGCAGAUUGUCGCCAAGGGCCCUCUUCGCCGCCUCACCCUUGUGGCUGCCGCUUGGUUCCGCUACAACAGCGGUAUCGACGACGCUGGCAAGGCCUUCAAGGUUGACGAUCCCAUGGUCGAGGAGCUCCAGGCCAAGGCCGCAGAGGGUCCCUUGGCUCAGCUUGAGAUCAAGACUCUAUUCGGUAACGAUCUCCGUGAAGACGAGCGUUUCGUUUCUGAGCUCAAGGCUGCUUUGGAGGGCUUGGAGCGCGAAGGUGCUUUGGCCAUGAUUGAGAAGUACGCUUAAGUGUGCGUUAGGAGAAAAGAGAUACCCCAGGGCGACAAGCGUUGCGUCGCCAUACUAGACUUUGUGUCUUUUGGAUUGGUUUAUGCGAAGCAUAUAGAUGAUAGAUGUUGGGACAUUUGCAGCAUUGGCGUUGACCUCAAAAAGAAAGUGUUAUAGCAAGCGUUUUUUUUUCAUAGCAUUUUAAUCAUAGCAUUUGAUCGUUCAUGAUAUCUACAGAUGC